AUGGCCACCAAGACCAAUUAUGUCGACAGAGUGAUCCCGAAGAUCUCGCUGCGAGACUUCGACAACCGCAUAGAUGAGAUUACGGCGCAGCUCUGUGAUGCGGCCGAAAACGUUGGCUUCUUCGCCAUCGUCGAUCAUGGGAUCACGCCUCAGGAGGUCGAGGAUAUGUUUGCCACGUCUGAGGCCUUCUUCACCUUACCGGACGAUGUGAAAGCCACCGUACCCUGGAACCCGCAGAACGUUGGCUGGGAGAAGAUGUCCCAGAUCCGGCCGUCCACCGGCGCAGCCGACACCAAGGAGUCGUACCAGCUGCAAUUUGGGGAGAACAUGGUCAGCGGUGGUCACGGCGCCGACGGAAGCCUGUGGAUGAGCGAUGACCAUGUCCCACAGUUCAAGGACAAGUGUCUGUCCUAUAUGAAUCGUCUCCAACAGAUCUCCGAGGACCUCAUGGUGUGCUUUGCGAGGGGCCUAGGCUUCCCGGAUGACUAUUUCAAGCACUUCCACGAUGCCAAGAACCCGAAGUGUCAAAGUGUCAUGCGCCUUCUUCACUACUACGCAACGCCCGAGACAAACGACGGCAAAAUCUACCACCGUGCUGGAGCUCAUGCCGACUGGGGCUUCCUGACACUUCUAUUUCAGCGCGAGGGCCAGGGCGGGCUGGAGAUUUGUCCGGGCCGAGAUGUGGUCACGAAAUUUGCGCUGGGAGACGCUUGGACAAAAGUCAAUUUCGAGACCGGUGCCAUAAUUUGCAAUAUUGGCGAUCUGUUAAUGAGCUGGUCGGAUGAUAGGUUCAAGUCCACCUUCCACCGUGUUAAAGCACCAUGUGAGCCUGGUGAUUACUAUGGUGAGCGCUACAGCAUCGCUUUCUUUAACCAGCCAGCGAAGGAUGCGAUCAUUCAGGGGCCAAAGAAGAAGUACCCACCCAUUACAGGCGAGCAGUUCACAAAGAACGCUAUGUCUGUGCACUUUACAGCCCUACAAGCGAAACUGAAGGCUCAAGCUGACGCUGAGGCGAAGGCUGCAUCGACUGGGGCGUCAGAGACGCUUUCGACCCCAUCGGUCCAAGCCGCUGCGUAA